GAGGAGGAGAUGACUGUCGCAGUGAAAGAAGAAGAAGAGACUGGAGAUCUGAUUAACAACAGAGAGAGACCAGACUCUCAUUCUGACAGACGCAAGAAGAGUUCUUCGGGGGAACCAGACCCAGAGACGGCCAAACCAGUGAGACGACACCACUGCUCCCAGUGUAGUUUGAGUUUUAAGUGGUUAUGGAAGCUUAUACAGCAUGAGGGGACACACACAUGGGAGAAACCACACCCCUGCUCCCAGUGUGGAAAGAGAUUUACCCUGUUAGGGAACCUGAAAAAGCAUAAAGGAAUACACACAGGAGAAAAGCCUUUCCAAUGUUCCCAGUGUGGAAAGAGAUUUUCACGAUCAGAGCACCUAAAAUCACAUGGUAGGACACACACUGGGGAGAAACCACACCACUGCUCCCAGUGUGGAAAGAGAUUUACCCAGUUAGGGAGCCUGAAAAAGCAUAAAGGAAUACACACAGGAGAAAAGCCUUUCCAAUGUUCCCAGUGUGGAAAGAGAUUUUCAGGUUUACAGCACCUAAAAUCACAUGAGAGGACGCACACAGGUGAGAAACCACACCAUUGUGCCCUGUGUGGAAAGGAUUUUACCCAGUUAGGGAACCUAAAAACGCAUGAGAUGAAACACACAGGCGAAAAGCCUUUCCAAUGUUCCCAGUGUGGAAAAAGAUUUUCACGAUCACAGGAACUAAAAUCACACGAGAGGACACACACGGGGGAUAAACCACACCACUGCUCCCAUUGUGGAAAGGGUUUUACCCAAUUAGGGAACCUGAACAAACAUAAGAGAAUACACUCUGGAGAAAAGCCUUACCACUGCGCCCAGUGUGGAAAGCGUUUUACCCAGUUAGGGAACCUGAACAACCAUAAAAUAAUACACACAGAAGAAAAGCCUUUCCAAUGUUCCCAGUGUGGAAAGAGAUUUACCCUGUUAGGGAACCUGAAAAAGCAUAAAGGAAUACACACAGGAGAAAAGCCUUUCCAAUGUUCCCAGUGUGGUAAGAGAUUUUCACGAUCAGAGCACCUAAAAUCACAUGGUAGGACACACACUGGAGAGAAACCACACCACUGCUCCCAGUGUGGAAAGAGAUUUACCCAGUUAGGGAGCCUGAAAAAGCAUAAAGGAAUACACACAGGAGAAAAGCCUUUCCAAUGUUCCCAGUGUGGAAAGAGAUUUUCAGGUUUACAGCACCUAAAAUCACAUGAGAGGACGCACACAGGGGAGAAAUCACACCAUUGUGCCCUAUGUGGAAAGGAUUUUACCCAGUUAGGGAACCUAAAAAAGCAUGAGAUGAAACACACAGGUGAAAAGCCUUUCCAAUGUUCCCAGUGUGGAAAAAGAUUUUCAGGUUUACAGCACCUAAAAUCACAUGAGAGGACGCACACAGGGGAGAAACCGCACCACUGCUCCCAUUGUGAAAAGAGUUUUACCCAGUUAGGAAGCCUGAACAAACAUAAGAAGAGAAUACACUCUGGAGAGAAAUCUUAACAUACUUUCCUGGACAGAGGACCUUAAAUCACAUGACAGAAUAGAGAGGCUGUGUUCUGACUUAUUUAUUUAUUUUUAAAUGAAAUCACAUUGUUUAUGAUAUUGUCCCCUGUAGCUCAGUUGGUAGAUUAUGGCGCUUGCAACGCCAGGGUUGUGGGUUCCUUUCCCA